AUGCUCAUACGAACCAUUUUUAAAGCUUUUCCAUGGUCUUUACUUGUCCUAAUUUCACCGAUCAGCUGUUCUCGACAAGCGUGCUGUUUACGAAAUGGAGUGAGCGAAGAGUGCGCUCAAAAUUUGUGCGAUCCUCAUCGUCCACCUGGUGACGUCGCUCGUUACAGUCUUUUCGAUGGUCGCCACAAUUGUUCUUCACAUCUAACUGAAAUCUCUCAAUGUCUGACCGAUGGUCGAGACAAUUUGCAAUGUUGUGAACAGAAUGCAAAAGAUCCCGAAGAGCGCUCAUGUUUUGGGCUGUGUUCGGGAGAGAUCUCUCUUUUUGAGCCUUUUCGUGAUUUGAUGUCUUGUCUGGCGCUCAAUCUUCCACCAAUUUAUGAUUGUAUUCUCAAAGGCUACAAAACCAUCCCGAGUCCUCCGAUUAAACUCAAAAUUGAAAGCGGUAUGCUUCGAUGGGAUCGACCAAAAAAUAAUUCACAUCUAGUCACUCUUUAUAAAAUUUAUAUCAGUGAUAACUCGAGAAGCCGAACUGUAGAAUUAAUUCGAGAAACUACGAGUGCAAAUACACGUUUUAAUUUGACAAAUCUCCGCCUUGGAUCUCAUUAUUCUGUUUAUGUGAUUGCUGAGUCGUUAAGUGGAAGAUCGCAAGCUAGUGAACAAUUAAAUAUGGGAGGUUUGUUG